GAGAGAGAGACUAAUAAGAUACAGAUAAACCACUAUGAAUCAUCGACAUAUCGAAGAGCAUAUGAUGCUUAUCUCUCAGUUAUACCCUGCUGGUGCAUACACUCAAAUAAUUGCUGAACAGGGGGAGAAGAAGCCAAGACGCAGGCGUAAUAAGAAGAACAAAGGAGGAGAAAACGGGGCUGCGGAAGCCAACAAGAAGAGGAAGCUCAGUGAAGAGCAAGUUAAUCUACUUGAACAGAACUUUGGAAAUGAGCAUAAACUCGAGUCCGAAAGGAAGGACAAGCUCGCAAUGGAGCUUGGUUUGGAUCCUCGACAAGUUGCUGUUUGGUUUCAAAACAGAAGAGCUCGUUGGAAGAACAAAAAAUUGGAAGAAGAGUACUCAACUCUUAAAAAAGCCCAUGAAACCACCACGCUUGAGAAAUGUCGCCUGGAAACUGAGGUGUUGAAGCUUAAGGAUCAACUUUCCGAGGCAGAAAAGGAGAUUCAGCGCCUACUAGAGCGUGCUGACAGAGUCCCAAGCAACAGCUCCAGUUCACAGUCACAGUCACAGUCAAUGGAAGCUGUGGACCCACCAUUUCUUGGAGAGUUUGGAGUAGAUGGAUAUGACGAUGACGUGUUUCACGUGCCCGAGACUCAUUACAUCUAUGGCAUGGAAUGGAUUAAUCUGUAUAUGUAA